AUGACAGGGUUUACUGAUAACAACGAAGAUGACUUCAAUGCACAAAUGCUUGCCGCUAUCGAGUCCAACGACCUCGCUACCCUACAUGAUGUGAUGUCGAAACACGAGGCUGAAGAUCCUGAUGCUUUGCGCCGGGGUAACGGAUUGAGCGAUGCCCUCAACGAAGCAUUAGAGCUGGCCCGGUACGACAUGGCCGAAGAGCUUUUCAAGCGUGGUGCUAGGUGCACUGAUUGCACUAUAGGAUCCAUCGUCAGUAGCGCGGAGACAGGCCCAGGAUAUCCCGAUGGCGAUACAGCUUGCCUAAAGAUUGCUGCGCAUCUAUUGUCAAAAGGCGCCCAUGUGGACGAGAGCACCCGGACGAACGAGAACCCGCUCGAAAUAGCCUGUGCGAAAGAUGACAGGCAUAUGGCAGCGCUAUUGUUGGCACAUGACGCAUCGCUGGAAGAGGCGCCCAAGGCACUCCUCAAUGCUGCCCGUGAAGGCAGCAUUGACAUUAUGCAGCAGCUGCUGGAUCGAGGCGCCGAUGUCAAUGCACACCCGUACGGAAGACUCGAGAUAAUCCCUUGCCAACUAGAGGACGAAGGUUGGGGCUCUGCGCUACAUUGUGCCGUUAAAAACCACCAUACCGAGGCAGUCUCAUUUCUCUUAGAGAAAGGCGCGGCCAAGGAGUACAGGAACAUGGUGGGGUUGAAGGCUUUGGAUCUUGCUCGCAAAUUGGGACAUGAGGAUAUUGUGCGGUUGUUAGAGUAG